CUCCCAGUUUACCUCCCAUUUUAGCACUUGUUCUCCUUGACUUCCCUUCAUCUAAUAUAAGAGGUGGUAAGGUUGGUGUAUACCCUCAAUGCUUCCUCUGUCAUGCAUCCAAAAUCCCUCCUGUUGCUGCUGACCGCAUACGCAGCCCAUGGUUCACUGCAGCCCCAGGCUCUGUGGCAAUUUGGCAGAAUGAUCACAUGCACCCAGCCUGAUGUCAACCCCUUCAUGUACAGUAACUAUGGCUGUUGGUGUGGCUUGGGGGGGACUGGGACUCCCAAGGAUGACCUGGAUAGGUGUUGUGAGGUCCAUGACCUCUGCUACCGAGCGAGCAGGCAUCUUCCAGAGUGCCGUCCCAUCAUUGACGUCCCUUACAUCAAGGUGUACAUAUUCUCUUGCACGAAUGGGCAGGUCUCCUGUUCAGCUUCCAACGAUGUGUGCCAGGCCUCAGUGUGCGAGUGUGACCGAGUCGCCGCCAACUGCUUCGCCCAGUCCACCUACAACCCUGAGAACAAUAACCUGGACCCCAAAACCCACUGUAUCACCUGAGCCAAGACAAAUCCUCUGGAAGCAGUACAAACAUCUGAAACUACUGUAGAUUCACUGAAUGUUUAUGAAUCCUGUUUCAUGGAUGUGUGUCAUGUUUGCUGGAAUUGAAUUUACUGUGCCAAUUAAACUGUUGACCUAUUAAAUGAUUGAAUGGCA